AUGUUGCUUGACACGGCAGCUGGCAGACCAGACAGGACAGACCGCUCGCGAUAUCAGCCUGGCCCGAGCGCGAGCCGAUCGAAGUCGGGAAGGGGCCUAGCCAGACAGCCAGCGGGCCAAAUCGUUGAAACGCGAGAGGCCGGACAGAUGCACAUCGAUGCAUCAGGCGGACACAACAGAUGA